AUGGACGUAUGGGGGCCUCUCAAUGUGUCGUUGGACUACAGGCUCCGAUUUAGUCCCACCGCUACGGAUAUUACACAUCAGCUCCUGGAUAUCAUUUGCGACACCUUGCUACUGAGUAUCAAGGCUAAGAGAGUCUUGACAACAGUGAAACCAAUUGACGACCGCCCACCACAUAUUACGAGCAGGAAGAGACAGCGCAUCUCAGUCCAAGGCAGUUCAGAAGUCACGAGGAGAUCCAACUACGACACCAGUGAUUCGGAGAGCGAUGUCGAUCCAGCAGAGGAAAACAUCCUAAAGGUGACGGAGACGGUUGGCGGAACAAUAACGCGGCUCUUCCGUCUAUCCAACGCCGUUCGAAGGUCCGCCAAAGCCAACCGGGCCCGCAAGAUCGAGAGUUACAACGACAAAGACGCGAACAAGGCUAUAGACGAGCUGCGUCUCUACACAAGGUGCUAUAUUGAGUUCCGGUUCCCAGAGGCGCCAGAGUCUCUCCGCUCAGCACUAGUAGAGGCCAACGCGUGGCGACUUCGACGGUUAUAUUACCAACGGUCCCAUCGGAGACGCAUCGACAUGAGCAUUCAGAGCUCGCCAACCACUCCGUCCGUUGUUCAACUCCUCAAGAUGACGGGCAGCGCACCGACUGUGCGGUUUGCGCCGAGCCCUCUGUCAAAGCCUGAGACGAACAACGCGCCUGUCCGUUCUCCAGCACCAGUGACAAAUGCGACUACUGCUCGACAAACCGCCGUUGCGGCCUUGUACGCCAAAUCCACGACGGAAGUCCCCCGCGCAAAAUCUUGUAUUUACUGCGGCGUCAUCAUUGAGUUCAAAAAGACUGCAAGGUCCCUGCUGUGGCAUAGUCCCCUCUACUUCGACAGAUGCCAAGGGGGAGGUCACCGCGGGGGAACCGGUCCGCUGACGUUCGAAACGUCAAAGGCCUGGUCCAACCACAUGCAGACAGCUCACGGGAAUGCAUGGGAGUGCAGAGCCCCUUCUCACGAUCCAAUCGUCUUUGAACAAGAGAUACAUUACCAGGAGCAUUCCGUGAUGGAGCACGGAGUGCCUGAAGCCCACGUCGGGACGCUUUCCCGGGCGGCGCGGAGACCAGUCCUCGACAAGGUCCUGAAUUGUCCGUUUGGCGACGAUUUCCAACCCCCGGAUAAGGUCGAAUCCAGCGCUGUCUUCUCGAGCGAAGCUCUCCAGUCGCACGUCGCCGGCCAUAUGAAGGAAAUCGCUCUGCUUGCACUGCAAAAACUUCCCAGCGAUGAUCAUGAGAACGCCGAGAACGUCGAUAGCGACCAACCGUUAGAAAACGAUGGGGCAGCCGGGGUUGUCGGAGUUGCACGUCAAUCCAUGUAUAGCGUUCUGGAAGACGAGGACCUUGAUUUCCAAGACGAUGACACUGGUGAUGUAGACGAUAAUCCUGAACGCCACGAGGAGGAAAUAAGUGCACGGGUGACGGAACUCGACUUGGAGGACAAAGACGAAUUGGGGAUGACGAAACUUCACCACGCGGUACGAGCCGAUGAUCUGGACUUGGUUGAGUCUGUGAUCCAGAGCGGCGCAAGUGUUGAUUGUAGGGACGAAAAUGGCUCAACGCCCCUGCAUUACGCUGCGGGGAGUGGACUGGUCAAAUGCGUGGCAGUCUUGGUUGAGCAUGGUGCAGACAUACGAAUCACUGACAACUCUGGAUUCAGCCCAUUUCUCUGGGCUAUCGUUGCUGGGCAUGAAGACGCCACCGCUGAGCUGCUAUCGAUGGGCGCUGAUGCCAAUUCAUCGAGCGCGGAUGGACAUUCUGCGCUCGCCUGGGCAGCCAGUACGGGACGGGUUUCAACUGCUCAAAUGCUUCUGGAUCGGGGUGCCAGUAUGCAUAAUGCCCGAAAUACGCAGCAGACUACGCCUUUGGAAGAAGCGGCAGCUUCUGGAAGCCUUCCCAUUGUUGAAUUACUCAUCCGCCGUGGCGCGGAUCCCAACUAUCGUGAUCGCGAUGGAUGGUCGGCGAUACAUUGGGCAGCAGAGGAGGGCCAUCAGGAGAUCCUCUUACGGGGGGAAGUCGAUCCGGUCAAGUCAACAUGCCACGGCUGGACCGCGCUACAUCAUGCCGCCUUCAUGGGGCACUCCCGUGUCGUUGGUCUCCUCCUUCAGGACGACCGCGUACGACCUACCGCUUCUUUGCAGGACAACCACGGCUGGUCCGUUCUUCAUUUGGCCGUUCACAGUCGAGAUCUAGCCACCGUCCGUAUCUUGCUCGACAAAUCGAUCAUUGAAGACCCUCAGGCCCUAGUAGACGAGAGCGGCCUCACUGCAGAAGAAUGGCUGGAUCGCGGACCAACGAGCCAUUCCCAGAAGGCCACCAACAACCUGGCGUUCAGCAAGUCCCGUUGUUGCCAAGCCGUCACAGAACUUCGCGAUGCUGUGGCCAUUGGCAACGCCCCAUUGAUCAGAUUUCUGUUGAAAUCGGGCCACUACAUCAAUGGCAUGAACUCUGGAAAGAGGACUGCGCUUUAUUACGCUGCAAAGAAGAGCAUGCACUCCAUCAUGGAUCUACUUCUUGACUGGGGCGCCGAUCCCAACAUCCUUCCAACGGGGCGGAAGAGCUGGGAAGAAUUCAUUUCGCAUGACGACGUUUUGCAGCGGCUCAAACUAGCAGGAUACCGGAGGCGAGAUACCGACCCAGAGGUGGAACGCCAGAUUCGUCGGGCAUUGAGAGGGCGAAGCCAGCCACCUGAGCAGCCCAUACCGCACUCGCCAGAAGCAGACAAGUCACCUUUAUUUGAGCCGAACAACUUCAAAAUCCGUGGGCCGGAUGGACCUUCGUCACCUGUUCCAGUUUCGCCAACGCCGCCUUCUCUGGAUAAUGUCGCUUCCAAUAAAAUACCACUCUCGCCAAUGUCCACAGACCAGAAAAACUAUAAUAAGCGCAAGGCUAGAUCAGGCCGGACGGAUUGGUUCAAACGGCUCUGGGGUGGAAGACAGAUGAGCUCCGUGUCCGUAUUUUUGUGA